UGACCAACUAAUUGAACAACUGAUUAUUAAAGUUAAUAGUCAAUUGAUUGAUAUAAUUGUUGACAAAGAUAUUGGCAUAGUUACUAAUCAAGUUUUUGACCAAGUUAAAUAUUAUAAAAAGGAUGAAUUUUUCUUCCAUUCGAAA